AUGAGGGCAGUAAUAUGCAUAUGGCUAUUGACGCUUGCCAUUGUUGCCACACUCCCGUCCUCCGCCCAACUCACCCCAGAAGAACUUCAGCCCCUCCUCGAUGGUCUCGCGCACCGACCCACGGACGACUCUGCCUAUGCCCUGGACAAGCGCGUCCCCCUCAUGACCGACGACCCCACCAUCGCCCCGCUCGUCGACCUCCAGCUCUUCGCGCCUCCGGUCGUUCCCUCCGAUGGCACGAGUUGCUCGCAGGUACUCCUGCAACACACCUUCGGAGACGGGUCGUACGGCGCGCCCACAGUGGUGGCAUACGCGCCGCCGACGGACGAAGCGUGCGGGGAGGUGGGCAAGUGGGCGGCGAUUAGUCUGAAUCUAACUGUCUACUCGAAAGGGACGCAGUACGAUAGACUGGGCUCCAUAUAUCUAUCCCAUGCAGAAAUCUGGCGAACUUCCUCUGCGGAACCCACGAAGACGGGGACCAUUUGGACGACGAUCAAGGACGUCACACAUUACACUGCGCUAUUCGCGCAAGAAGGCGAACUACUGAUGGACUUCGGUAACAUCGUCGACGAGAGCUUGUACGUGCCGUUCACCCUUACCGCAACAUUCUACGCAACUACCGGGUUCUUUCCUACGCCAGAGACAGCAGACAUCAUCGUGCCGCUGUCUCUGGGCGUCUCCAAUGCGGCGAACUACUUCACCCUUGAUAGCGAUGCGGGAGGGUCCACGGCGGUAUCUGUCCCGCCUAACACGACGGAAGCCUUUGUCGAGGUCUACUGUUCUGGUAACUCAGCGGAGGAGUUCUGGUACCUCAACACGCCUGAUGAAUUCGCACCCUACUUCCCCUCAAGCACCGGCCUCAUCGCCAAAGGCCCCUUCCGCGAGGUCCAGGUGCUCGUCGAUGGCACGCUCGCUGCCAUCGUCUGGCCCUACCCAGUAAUCUACACCGGCGGCGUCACACCCUCCCUCUGGCGCCCUCUGACUUCCUACGGGGCGUACGAUGCGCCUACGUACUGGGUCGAUUUGACCCCGGUGCUUCCAUUGUUGCUGGACAGCUCGACGGCGGCGGCGAAUGGGACGCAUAACAUCACACUCGCGGUGGUGGGGCAGGGGGAGGUGGGAUCCACCAUCAACUCGAAUUGGUUCGUAUCGGGAGGGCUGCACUUGCGGCUGGGUGUCGGAUCGACGAGUGGGAGGAUUACGAAGUACGAGGCACCUGCAAGGGCUGAGAUUACGACGACUGGCGGUGCGAGUGAGGGCAAUGUGACGGUGUGGACGAAGGUUGAGGCGAAGCGCUCUUUGCUCAUCGAGGCGGAGUUGGCGACGCCGGGAGGAAACAAGACAGUGCGAUUCGAGCAGAGCGCCAGUUACUCCAAUUCGCAACUUUACGCGGAUCAAGGCUGGUUGCAGUGGGCGAAUCAGUCCACAAUUGGCACGACCACGUCAACGCAUGGUGGCAUACAAAGACUACGCGAUGCAUUCGAGUACCCCCUAGCGGUAUUCUCUAAUUACUCGCUUUACGAGAUGCAAUACGGUGCGCAUUCUCAUUUCUCAUGCAGAUUCGCGCGCCUACGGAUCCAAUCCCACACCCGUGCGCUCAGCGCUCCCUUCACCCCGACCAAGCGCCUGCAAUCCAUACAAAGAGCCGUCGGGGAGAUCGGUAUGGACGACUGGCCAGGACUUCGACAUGCGAUCAACGGCACUGGCGCGACGGAGCAGACGCUCGCGUACCAGGACGCGCGAGGGCAGACCUACUUUCGCGACGCUGCAACGAAGAACGAUGGGUGGGUACGCGAUGCGGUGUGGGGGACGCUGGCGGGUGCGAAUCCGGCGGUUCCGCGAGAGCAGAUCUAUGGUCCUGAGGGUGGCCGGGGUUUUCGAAGGGAGCUAAGGGAGCUUUGA